UCCUCUGAAAAAAAAAAAGAAUAUUAGAUUCACUCUUUUGUAUGAUCAACGAUGGGAAGUGAAGUGAUAAGCCCGACCAAGCCACGGUUUGAUCUAAGCAUGUCGAAAAGAACUAGAAAACCAUGGUCUAGUCUCAUCAACGAUAUGCAUUACCUUGAUUUAUCCACCCAAAGCUCACAACCAAAACCGGACAAAGAGCAAGAGAAAAUCGAAAACAAAGAAAUUGAUCGUCAGAGUUUGAACAACCUGAUGAGAUGCGAGGAGAAAUCGAAUGAAGAAACUAAUGUUAACAACAAGAACUCUCUAAGUCAACAUUUCGGGGAUGACGAGGGGAUCAAGCAGACGAUGCAAUUGGUGGUGAAGAAAGAGAAGCUAGGUGGUGUGAAAUUCAAAGGUAUGGUGGGUCGUUAUGUUAAGGUCUGGAGCGGUUUGAUAAAGGCCAAACGUGACCGCAAAACGCCGGUCUUACGGUUCAAAACUUGAUUUCCAUCGUAUACGUUUCAUUGCAUCAGAGCUCUAUCUGUGACACGAUGCUAUGGAGAGUCCCAGAGGUCUGAUUAGCUGACGUGGCAUGGAAUGCUGAGGUGGAGGAAGAUUGUUGGACAAGAUGACGAGCCAUGGAAUUUGGAAAGAAGAAGCAAUCAUGAUAUACUCGAAGAUAUUGAGAGUAUAUCUCGAUGGGAGAAUAAGGAAGUAAUAUUCUUGGGGAUCAAAAAUAUUUCCUUAUCGAUAGGAUGCAUAAAGAUUUAUGUUAGAAAUUGGGUGUGCAAGUAUAAAUAGACGAGGGCUAGCCGCAAAAAGAGGUAGCACUCGCGGGGAUAAAAGUUGUGAGAUUUGUAACCUUCAAGCAAUCAUAAAAAGGCUUAGAAGGGGAGUGUGCUCGUUUCUCUUAAAUCUACACAGGGUGUUGUGUUAGAUAGAUAGGAGAGUGAACUUUGCUUCAAGUCUUGUAAGAAACGUGAGUUUUUGUAUAAGAUUGAAUAAGAAGCGUUUGCUUGGCGCAGUUCCAAGUGGGUUUA